GAAAGGUCAUGGAAAAUCAUUCGGCAUGUGGGAACACCACAUAUUUACCUUUAGAUAGUGAAGAUUUAUUAAUUUCGGAGAAUCAUAGUAAACAUCAUAUGGAAUUAAAAAAAAGAGAAGAAUUAAUUUUAACCACAGAUAAUAAAGGUGGUUUAUCAAAUCCUAGAGCUUUAUUAUUUUUAACAUUGUGGUAUGUCUUCAGUGGCUGUACUCUCUUUUUAAAUAAAUUUAUUCUUUCGUAUAUGAAAGGAGACCCGACGAUUUUAGGUGCAUGUCAAAUGUUGAUGACAACAGUUUGCGGCUUUAUACAAAUGUACUUUCCUUGUGGUAUGUACCGAGCAAAUUCUCGGUUGAUGAGGCCUCCUGGUUUUUACAGACAUAUGACGUUAGUUGGUUGUACACGAUUUGUGACAGUCGUUUUAGGACUUGUAUCAUUGAAUUAUGUAGCUGUGAGUUUUACUGAAACGAUAAAAAGUAGUGCUCCUCUUUUCACCGUACUUAUAAGUAGAUACCUAUUAGGUGAAUAUACUGGCCUCUAUGUCAAUUUAUCAUUAAUUCCCGUUAUGGGAGGAUUAGCUCUAUGUUCGCUGAAUGAAAUUAGUUUCGAUCUUAGAGGUUUUAUUGCCGCAAUGGCAACAAAUUUGACUGAAUGUCUACAGAAUGUUUAUUCCAAAAUGUUAAUUAGUGGUGACAAUUUCAAAUAUACGCCUGCGGAACUACAAUUUUAUACCAGUUUGGCAUCAGUAGUGGUGCAAAUUCCAGCGUCAAUUUUAUUGGUCGAUCUUGCAAAUAUUGAAAAUACCUUUAGUUUAAGGUUAUUGGCAGCGUUCAUUUUGAACGGGAUUUUCUUCCAUUUUCAAAGUAUUACGGCAUAUGUACUUAUGGACUAUAUAAGUCCCGUUACUCACAGCGUGGCGAAUACGGCGAAGAGAGCUUUUUUGAUAUGGUUAUCGGUGCUAUUAUUCAACAAUCCUGUUACAGGUUUAUCUGCACUUGGUACAUUUUUGGUAAUUGCUGGGGUUUUGUUGUACAAUCGAGCUCAAGAAUAUGAUAAAUUAAAGAGCACUAGUCAAAGACUUCAAAAAUCCACGAAAAUCAAUUUACAAUAAUAAUGAUAAUUAGAAAACGAGCUUAAUACAUUCGAGUAGGAUUAAGAUUGUUUAUAUAUAGAAUUUUACCGAAAAUAAUAUUUAAAUUUUAUUUAUUAUUCUUUAUUAUUAUUAGAAUAUUUAGGUGAAAUUGUUGAUUCAAUCAUCACUAUACACAAAUAUUAAUUAAAAUUGCAAAAUGACACUUUGUAUAAAAGAAAUAUUCAUUUUAAAUUAUAUCAUAAUUUUAAGACACUGCAAUUUUUCCAACUCUCUAUAAUUUUAAUGAAAUAGAAAAUUCUUGCCUUUUUAUGUUUCCAUACGUAAUAAUUUAUAAUAGCCUUGUAUGACAAAUUUUUAUGAAAAACAUAAUAAGCAUUAAAAGUCAGAAUUUGUUUAAA